UGAUGGCGGUCCGGCUGCUGAAAGUCUCCUCUCUGGCCACAGCAGUGUUAGCCUCCUCUGGCUUUUACCUCUCCAGCAAACAACUGGACAUCAACGACCUGAGUGUGAUCCGCUUCGGACGAGCCGCGCUCACCACGGCGGUGAUCAGCUACGACUACCUGACAGCUUUCAGACACGUGGCGCAUGGCUCAGAGGAGUACUGGGCUCUCAAAUCCAAGGUGCAUCAACGGUCAGCUGAGCGUCUUCUGGACUUGUGUUGUGCCAACCGGGGGACUUUCAUCAAAGUGGGUCAGCACCUUGGUGCUUUGGACUACCUGCUGCCUGAAGAGUACACAUCCACGCUGAAGGUGCUCCACAGCCGAGCUCCUCAGAGCAGCAUGGAAGAAAUCCAGCAGGUCAUCAGAGAAGAUCUGGGAAAGGAGCUUUCAGAGUUAUUUGUUUUAUUUGAGGAGAAGCCUCACGGUGCAGCAUCUUUAGCACAGGUCCACAAAGCAGUGUUGCAUGAUGGGAAGACUGUAGCUGUCAAGGUCCAGCACCCCAAAGUCCAGAGACAAAGCUCCAAAGACAUAAUGGUGAUGGAGGUUUUGGUGAAAGCAGUUCAUUGGCUCUUCCCAGACUUUGCCUUCAUGUGGUUGGUAGAGGAGUCCAAGAAAAACAUGCCACUGGAACUGGACUUUCUUAAUGAGGGACACAAUGCUGAAAAGGUGGCCAACAUGCUGUCUCACUUCCCUUUUCUCAAGGUUCCCAUGAUUCACUGGGAUCUUUCCACAAAGAGGAUCCUAACCAUGGAUUUUGUAGAAGGGGGGCAGGUCAACGACCGAGAAUACAUGAAGAAACACGACAUCAACGUCAAUGAGAUCUCAGAGAAUCUCGGUAAAAUGUACAGCGAAAUGAUCUUCGUCCAUGGCUUCGUCCACUGCGACCCACACCCAGGCAACGUUCUGGUUCGAAAGUGUCCCCGGAGCCAGAAGACGGAGAUCCUUCUCCUCGAUCACGGCCUGUAUCAGGCCUUGCAGCCAGAUUUCAGGAUGAACUACUGUCGUCUGUGGAUGUCUCUGAUUAACGGGGACCUAUCUGGGGUGGAGCGCUACAGUCGCAGACUUGGAGCUGGAGAUCUGUACCCCCUGUUUGCUUGUAUGCUGACUGCUCGCUCCUGGAACUCAGUGAAUGCUGGCAUCAGUUCUGUUCCAGUUACGCAUGCCGAGGAUGUUGAAAUUCGGACUAACGCAGCUCAGUACCUGCCUCAGAUCAGCGACCUGCUGAAUCGAGUUCCUCGGCAGAUGCUGCUGCUGCUGAAGACCACCGACCUCCUGAGGGGCAUCGAGACCACGUUACAAACCAGAGCUUCGUCCUCAUCCUUCAUCAACAUGUCCCGUUGCUGCGUGCGAGCUGUGGCCAGACACAAGAGGAUCAAGGCUCGGUCCAGGAGGCGGCGUCUCCAGAUCACUUUGGCAGAGUCUCUGAGUUUGUGGAAACUCUCAGUUUAUGAACUUCUUCUGUGGGUCAGAGGCUUAGUAAUCACCCGCUGGCUCGCUGCCCUGCUGACGUUUCUGCAUUGACACGUCUGGAACAUAUGUAUCAGGACAUCAAAACUGUGGCAGAACAUGCACACAGUUUGUCACAAGCAAGUGAACAGCUGCCAUUUGGAUUUAAGUUCCCAUUCAGCAUAGCUUGGAUAAAGUUUUUUUAUUUUUAUGUUAGAACAUAACUAAUCUUUCCAACAAAGUUAA